AUGCCCCUUACUCCCAAGCGUGUUGAGUGGGAGUCAAGUACAUUUGUUUUAAAUAUAACAUGUAAUCUCUUUUUUAGAGGAAUAAGAAUUAAUAAAAAUCAGUUUUAUAUUCUACAUCAUCUGUUUACUGCUAAAAAGCUUGACGAGAAUCGGCAUCUACGCAGCAGGAAGGUGCAUGAACUUAUUAGAUACUGUGACAAGUGUAGCCACAGUGGGGAGGCUGAAGACAUCGGCCGUGCAGCUUUUCUGACUACGCUCAAUUUUUUAUCAAACACUAAACUUUCCAAGGAUAUGACAGAUUCAUAUGACAAUUCGGAGGCCAAAGAAUUCAGGGACUUGGUGUGGAAUAUUCUGGUUGAGCUCGGCAAGCCUACUCUGGUAGAUUUUUUCCCUUUUCUUACAUGGAUUAAUCCAGGAGGUAACAAUCAGCGAAUAAAUGGCUAUUCUGAGAAGCUAAUUCAGUUAUUUGAUGGACUUGUAAAUGAGCGGUCGGAGUUGAAGGGAUCAACAAACUUCUUGGAAAACACUAGGACGACAGACAUGCUUGAUGAACUUUUAAAAUUACAACAUACAAAUAAGAUUGAUAAAACUCAGAUACGACACUUGUUUAUGGUAACUUAAUCUUUUUCGUCCUCAUGAGUUAAUCAGUAACGAACAUUGUAUUCCAGCCCUGCACUGUUUUUUUAAUGUCACAAUAUCUAAACUGAUAAAAGAAAAUGCAGGACUUAUUUGUUGCGGGAACAGAUACAACUUCAACUCUUCAAGUACAGUGGAAUGGGCGAUGUCUGAGAUAUUGAGAAAUCCAGAAAUAUUAUUCAAGGCGAAAGCUGAGCUGAACUAAGUAAUCGGCAAAGGCAAGAUGAUAGCAGAAGAAGACAUUUCUAGGUUAGUUUACUUGCAAUGUAUUUUGAAAGAAACUACCCCCAACACCCUUGUUAAUACCACGCCAAGUAGAAGAGGAAGUG